AAUUAAAUCACAAGUAAAUGAAACCAAACCUGCUUUAGAUUGUCAAUCAAUCAUCAAAACAACAGGAUCAUGCACCCCAAAGACACCAUCACAUGCCUUCAAAGCCGGAUUCAAAUGCCUCUCUCUAUAUAUUUAUACCCAUCUCUUCCCAUAAACUCAUAUACUUGCAUCUAACUUUUCAUCAGUGCCGAAAAAGUACCCAGAAAAAUCAAACUCUGAAAACACACCGAAAACCGAUGGAUUUCGAGCUUCGAAGGAAGAUGGAGAUCAAAGGAGUUUCAGUACCUGGAGGGUUUGAUCAAGAGCUUUUGUUCAACAGAAACCUAUCAAGAAAUCCCUCAGUGGGUUGCUCUUCUAGGAUUUAUUACUGCAGAAGCAGUGAAGGGGUUCCAUUCAAUUGGGAAAUGCAGCCAGGGACACCAAGAAACCCCCCAAAAGAAGAAGCAAUUCCACCAAUAAGUCCUCCCCCAGCUGCGCUCAGCUUAGGGCGGCCCAAACCCUACAUGGAUCAACAGCCUAACAAAAGGCCUCCAACAAGUCCACUACCCAGGCUCAAGUUUUGGAGAAAAAGUAAGAAAAACAAACAACGUAAGAACAAUGUUCAUGACAACGUUAAUCAUGUGGUUGGGGGGUCAGAUAAGUUUGAUAAGGUGGAGUUUUGCAGCUCUGACUCUGAGUUCAUGGCAUCAACUUCGCCUCAGAACUCGAGCCCUUCGUCUUCGUCCUCGUUUUCUUUUUCAAAAGGUAAGCUUUCGAGGCAGUGCUCGAGUUUGCAGAGCACUCAGGCAAGGGAGUCUUUCAGCAGUUCUGGUCAUUUCAGCUGCAGUCCUUGGAAGUUUAGCUCUGUCCUUAUUAGCAUUGCAAGGCGAGUUUGA